UGUCAAUACAGCGGCGUAGACUAUACCAACAUAUUCACGAUGAGCGGUGUAGACUCGGUUUUUUGUGAACGGUUUAUACUUAGAAUUAAGCGAAAAAACUGUACGGUGUAGAUACAAGUUCUGAAUGGUGUUCAUACUGAUAUCAAUACAUUGUUUUCUAUUACAGGCUUAUGCCAUUCACGUGUUAUUACUGUUGCUUCGAGGGAGACUUUGAUAGGGUCGUUGAACACUGCACAGAACUCCACUCCAAUCAAAUUUUGAAAAUAAGACGUAAAGAAAUUAAUGACAGAAAUGGUAGAAAAGGUCUAAGAACUCUAAAUUUCAAUAUCAUCCCGGACAUUUUAAAAUCAACUAAUAAACAAAUUUUGCCUUCAUAUCAGCAUGGAACUCCAAACAUUGAAAUAAUUGACAUCGACAUUGAUGAAGAGGAUUUCGGACUCUGUGAUUUAUCGUUAGAAGAACCUUGUAACAGCCCUUUUUUAAAAAGAACAAAAACUUCAACCCCUCAAAAAAUUGCCCAAGAAACUCCUAAAGAUAAUGAAAUGCUUUUUACAGCAUCAUUACUUGAAGAAGACAUGAUAGAAUGUUCAGUUGACGAGGAUGAUCAGGAAAUGAUAAAUGAAAUUAACCGGAUUUUGCCCGAUGUUAUCAAAUCUCUAAGAGAUAUCGACCAGCUUCAAAAUUGGUUGUCUUUUCACCAAAUGAUAAAAGAGGGCCGUUUUCCACUUGAAAAUAUUGCAUUUCACUUAUUCAUGGAUGUCUGUAAAUUUUAUUCGCUGGGAAACACAGCUUCAAUGCGUUUCAGUCCUGUAGUUAAACGCUUCUGGAGAAUAGGAUACUGUUUAUUUCACGGUAAGUGGCUACAUUUUAUGAGUGGGCCUAAAAACUUAGGACAAAAGUUUAUAAAUCCUGACGAAGAGAUAUCAGCUGAGAACGCAGAGAUAAAUUUUGCAGUACCGUAUAGAGCUACAGUUGGAAAUCGUAAUAAGCUGUUCAGUGAAGAUGACGUCAAACCAGGCCUACUUAUACCGAUGAUAGAUAAAUUGGCAUCUCAAACUAGAGUUGAUAAAACAUAUAAACUAUGUGUAGACGGUAAGAAAAUCAAUGCUGGAAAAAGUAAAAAACACGGAGAUAUCGACUUGUUUGGGUUCGAAAAGCCACCGACACUAUCAGACAGGAGAGCUACAUUAGAAGGAGAAACUUUGUUAUUGAAAUCAGUAGCUGAUAUUUUAGAUGUUAUGUCUAUAUGUCAGAAGACUAAGCUGAAACAGAUACCCGAGAACGAAACAAAACAUUUAAUUCAAUUAUUGAUAGAAGUUGUAAGAGUAGUUGGAGAGAAAUUGCAUACACUAAGAAGCACGAAAGUGAGUAAAGAGCUAAUGUUGGAAAAACUGAAGAAACAGAGCGGACCUGAUUGGCGUAAAUCAAAAUUUGUGUUUGUAAUAAGCUCAUUGGAAACAGAUUUGUAUGACGUGUCAAACUGCAUUAAAGAGUUGCUGGAUAUUGUGGACGAAAUAGGAUUUACAGUAGCUACUUUACGAGAUGCAGAGAAGUUGUAUGCUAAAGGAAGAAGCGUAUCACUUCAUUCACAGAUGAAUUAUAUCCACAUUUCCAGCACAUCUGAAGGAACUGGUUAUGUAGAGCCGAGACAUAUUAAACAGCUGAGUGAUAAAUGGCAUGCAAUACGUAAUUCUGCAAAAGUAACAGGAAGUUCUUUGAAUAAAGCUCUUGGAUUAGGCUCAUUAAAACAGCAACUGGAGCACUUUGACAAAGUAUUCUUUAAAAAAGAACCUAAACAGGUCUCUAGUGAUGUACAAUUAAAAAUGAAAUAUGGUUCUGAACAGGAGAUAAACGCAAUUGCUACUUUAGUAAGCAAGGUUCUACCAGUAUUCGAACCAUCACUCAUUUAUGUGGAAGAAGGGUGCUAUAAGAAGACUAUAGGAACUGAACCAAAUGAAGUUCCAAUUGUUGUCAGUCCUGAUGGGAGCAUCAGAAACAGUGCAGAUAGCACAGCGUCAUUCGGCGUUGAAUGCAAGUGUCCUUAUCCUGGGAAAAUAUUUACUACCCCAGUAUACUAUGAAAUCCCGAAAUACUACGUCACUCAGGUUUUGGCAGAGAUGUUUGUUAUGGAUUGUAACGCACUAUAUUUUAUUUGCUAUUCGAAGGAUUCAUCUACAGUCUUUCACGUUCAGUUUUGUCCUGAUCUAUGGAGUGACCUUGAAAACGAGACGGUAGCCAUAUAUGGACAAAAACAUGCAAUAAGACCUGCAAAGAAAUCAAACAGAGUUUUUGCAAUAAAUGAAAAAAUUGAUAAAUUUGUAAAUGAGAAUGUGAAAUUUGUUGGAGAAUUUCCAUCUAUUUUGGGCGAAGAGUGUAAAAUAAAAACAAGUGAAAUAUACUGUAUCCAUACAAAAUCGAACAGAGAGAUUGAGAUUCCAACUCUAAGAGAUCUACAAGAAACAGUUCAAAAGGCAAUCGUGAGCAUUAACAGAGCAUACGAAUUGAGCAGAACCAGGGCGAGCGAAUUUUUAGGAUUCAUGGUUUCUGAUCUGGAUCGCGAGUACAAUUCAGAAAGAUAUCAUGCUGUUCCCGUUGCAUAUGGCUUAAAGGGUUACAGUUUACCUACGCAAACGCUCCGAGAUAUUAUUGAAUACGUGUUGCGGGAAUGCUGGAGUAAAGGUUUGUACAUACCUAUUUGCAGUUUUGAUGGGCAGUGGUUUCGAAUGGCCGUUAGAGACAGAAAUGAAAAACCGUUGACAGUCCUUCAGCUGCAAAAAGAUGUAUAUGCGGAUGUCAAGAGAAUGUCAAAAGGCCAGAUCAUUAAAAGCAUCAGUGAACUGAACUUAGUUCAACUGCAAUCAGAUGCCGUACCCGAGGAUAUUAUUGAAAUUCGUAGAGAAGGGACAAAAGUCAUUCUCGCAAAUGGAAAUAAAUCUGCAAUGAUAGUAAUGACACCAACUCUGAUACAAUUACUGAAAAGAUCGUUUGAUGCUGAAGAAAGUAAACCAGAUGAAAAUGAACCAGACAAUGUAAUGACUGAUGUCGUUAUUAGUGCAUUACCAGAAAAGUAUGUUAAUGAAAUAGAGGAAGAUUUACUAGAUGAAGUUGCGGUUUUAGCAUCGACAUUGACGGGAGGAAAUUAUGAAAUCGAACCUGGAAAUGCAGAUCUUGAACAUGUAAACGCAUUGUUCGAUGAACCUUCAAGUCAAUCAGAUGACACUGUUAUGGAAGUUGAUAUAAUACCUGAAAAUGUACAUCACUCCACUGGAGAAGCAACAGUGUCGGAACCUGUUUCAAAUUCCGAAGACUCGUUUUUAAAAUCGCUAAACACACAAGAACAUUUAGAAUUAAUGUUAUUUGAAUUGCAAUCGAAAAACAUAAAUCUUGAAAUCAGUUUAGCUGAAUUAACCUCAAAAUUGAAAACUGCAGAGAAAAUAAAUAAAUCGUUUACGAAAAACCAAGUAUUUACACUGAUCUCACCGUUGUCUGGCAUUUUAAAAAGUAAAGGUUUUAAAUGCAAUGUCUCGCAACCAAAGUACAAACUUACAAAUAUACUGUCCGAAAUAUUUGGAGAUGGUUCAAUGAUACAACAAAAACCUAUCCGAAAGGUGAAAGUACCACUGAGUCUUAAAAGCUUGGCCCGAAAGGCUGUCCAGAAACUGUCAAAGACAAUUCUAAAUUGUGUUUAUGCACAGCAUAUCUACCCUGAUGCUCUACAAAGGUGGCAGAAUGAUUCACCAUUCGGUGACAAUAUUCAGAUAGAAGAAGUUGAUAACAUAACACCGGCAAAAUGGUAUUCAAAACCUGAAUUCAACGAUGUAAUCGGAAGCUAUCUGUUUGUUAUACUUGACGCUUAUCAUCAAAUAUGUGGUUUGCGUAGAGUUUUCUGUGGUCCAGGCAUGCCAAAAGCUGGCGUGUUUAGUAAACCUGUUAACAUUAUAGCAGAAAACAGUGAUUCCAACGGUUCUGGAUUAAGCAUUGCGUUAGUUCGCGAUAUGAUUGACAAACAAAGUAUUGCAUACGCGGUACAAACAUUUUCUGAGAAUGUAGAAGAAGCGCUUACUGAAAUAAAUGCUUGUAAUGAGGCAUAUUUUUGCAAUAUCGUAAGAAAUUGGUAUUUAUCAGAAGAUGAACCAGGACUGUCUGCACUAGAUAGAUGUAAAGCAAGACUUGAAUUCAGAAAAUGGCUGUUGAAUGGAGUAAGGUUUGAUACAUUCCCACCCUAUGGCUCUUAUGUAAAAGAUAUACCUGUUGUACUUUACGAAGGAUUACUUAUUGGAAUUGAGCGCAAGUUACAACUUUAUCCGUUCACAAAGGCAGGCACAUACAACGUACGUGCAGUUGGGAGUCUAGAUAUAGAAAACUUCUUUGGAAGUUUCCAGGACAUUGAUCCCCGUGGAACAGGAGUACUAAGACCUGCCGAUGUACCAAUUGCAAUUGGAGUAGCCAUGGAACUUCUUGAUGCACGACUAGACCCAGAAAGGGGAUUUUACAUGAACACAUCCAGGAAAAGAGUUUACCCCUCUAAAGAAAACAUGUCUGCCUGCACAACACAACAGAUUAUAGAUGACUGGGAUGGGCCUUUAAGAGACGUAUCAACCAUUCGUUUAAGGGACCAUUCGUUUGAUCUAGAGGAGCGAAGGCGAGGAAAAAGAACCAGAAAAUCUGGAAAAGUGUCUAAGCCAAAUCAGCCAGCACGAAAUCCGUUCCCAGUUCGGGAGUACCACAAGGCGUCAGAGGCAAAGAUACUUCCCCAUGUGCGUCGUGGGUUAAACCUGGAAUCUUUUAACGACUCAUGGUAACUAGACUCUUUGAAAGACUCAUAGAAACACUACUCUUUUAAUACCUCAUAGAAACUGGACUCUUUUAACGACUCUUCAUGUCAAAAUAGUUACACAAUGGUAUAUGAACUUGAUAAGUUUAUGUGCUACCAUUUUUUUUAAACAGUUGCUUAAAUACUUAUAUUUACACUGUUGGCUAAGUACUGAUUAUUAAUAAAUGGAAAGUAAAAAUGAUAUAACAUAUAAUCAUGUAGUUUAUCUUUUUAUUAAAUGUCUUAUUUAGACUUCAAUAUUGCAAAUCAUAAAUAAAUAUAAAACAACAAAACAAGUAUAUAAUCAAAUAACAAUUGAAAUUAAAACAUAGAACAUGUAUAAUGAUUAAUCUCAUAAAGGUAAAUCUCUAAAGGUAAAAAAAUAACUUCUUUAUUUCGGAAUAUUUCCAAAUGAUUUACAUAUGAUUGCAAUGCAUAUCACAAUAAGCUUUAAAUCACAAUUAUGUUUAUCACGAUUAUUAUGAAAUCAAGAAAUGAGCACAAUUCCACACAAAUGUGUGUCUACAUAUCAAUGAUCAAUAAAAUCUGUGAUCAGACUACAUAUCAAUGAUCAAUAAUAUCUGUGACCAGACUACAUAUCAAUGAUCAAUAAUAUCUGUGAACAGACUACAUAUCAAUGAUCAAUAAAAUCUGUGAUCGGACCAUAUCAAUGAUCAAUAAAAUAUCAAUGAUCAAUAAAAUCUGUGAACAGAACAGAACAAAAUAAGAAAUACUGAAAAUAUUUACACACUUUUUAGUGUAUUGAGAAAAUGGUAGACAGGAAAUAAUAAGUUAUCACUGCUUGUGACAUACUUGAAGAAACACAAACCAAAAAGUUUUCAAAAGAUUUCAAAAUGAUUGCAUAUGCUUAUAAUGUGCCAAAAUGAUGAUUUUAUGCAUAACACUAUUAGCUUUUUGUAUCUGAUCCAUAAAUAGCUCUAAAGACUUCGGCAAACAUCGUCACUUUAGCAAUAAAAUCAAUAAAUGUCGAUAUCACAACGAUAUAAAAUUAUCACCUUUUACGGAAAGUGACAAGUUUUUCAGACUUUUCACCUAUUUGUGGAUCGGAUACUUAAAUCACAUUUAUUGUUUAUCACGAUUAUUACAAAAUCAAUAAAUGAGCACGAUUUGAUACAAAUGUCCGUCUCCAUAUCGAUCAUUAUGACUAUUCAACAAACACAACAGGACAGACAAAAUUAUAUAAAAUGAGAUAUAGAGAUAAGUGGUGAAGACAGGAAAUUAUCAGAAUUAUCAGUUAUCAGAAUUAGUGAAGAAAGAUGAAUCGAUAGGCUGGAACAAACAUUGAAGGGCUAAUUUUUUUUAACUCGGAACA